UUCUUAUAUUUUACACAUCAUUUUUUUUUCUUCUUUUUUUUUUUUAUAGAGUAAAAAACCAUUUCAACAUUAUUCUUUAUUAUUUUUUAUCUUCAACAAACUCGCGUGCGCAUUUUGUGCGGUUCACUUCGCAGAACAAUUCAAAUUCUCCUCGAAUGAUAUUUCUUCCAACAACAUUUUUUCUUUCUUUUUUUCCAUACACGAAUCCAGCCCCUCAUCGCAAUCGUAUCACGCGUGACGAUCAUUUACAUUCCAUUUUCUCCUCAUACGCGUCGCUCUACAUUCUUGUUAAUCACGCGUGAACAUUCAGGUGCUUUAAUUUGGGCAACAGGAGAGAUCCGAAGGCCGCGGUUACUACAUACAUAACUUUCUGUUUACGUCUCGUGGAACUACGUAAGAUUUUUUUCGUGGCAUUAAAUCACUGGUGCAAAUGAUGCCGACUGCUAUUUUCGCACGUUGCACCGCGUCACACGCGCCGAACUGAAUGGAGCGACGCAUCACAACGCCUCCUUAUUGUUCAUAAAUAGUUUUGCCGGUUUCGUACUCGUCGACGAGUUCCGAUGAAUCAAACAGUGUGGAAUGUUUUCUCGCAAUCCGUCAACGUGACGAUGUAAGGAUAACUACGAUAUAGUUAGACAGAAACCAAUCGGGGGAAGAUUGAAUCACACCCUUUUCUCGACGAAGUAGCGAGCAGACAAUGCGCACUUAAUAGUCAUUUGUACUUGGCUUACUUAUUGUUAGAUUGAAUGAGGAGGUUGAUGUGGUCGUACGACGAUUUCGCAUCACUUCUAAUUAAUCAAUGGGAGGAACGCAGGAAGAAAGCUGUUUUACGAGGUUUUUACAAACAGAUUGAUAAAGACCAACAACAAAAUGUAAAAAAGUCAUUUGCUUCCAAAGUCAAUGAUCAAAAUGAACACGAGACACAACCAAAAAAUUUAAGUGCUUUUCACAAGGCUAAACAGGAAUUUCUACGUAAACAGGAUGAAAAAAAGAAACAAAAAGAAGAAGCUUUACGAGUAAAAACAGAAAGGGAAGAAGCGCUUAAAAAUUAUAAAGAAAGAAGGAUGCAAACAUAUAAAAAACUUUCAAAGAAAACAAAAAAAGGACAACCUGUAAUGAAAGAUAGAUUAGAAAUGUUAUUGGAAAAAAUACAGCAGCAAGUAUCAAAAUAAUAUUUUAAAAAGAUAUAACGUUGUUUUUAAAAAUAUUUUAAAAUUAUUGUCAAUAAAUUUGAUUAUUUAAUAAACAUGU